UUUCCUAAACGUUAAAGACACCGACAGACGCCAAAGUUUCAUACAGUGGGAACGUGGAACGUUAAGCUACGUCGUCGAAUAGAAAAUGAGUAGCACCGAUGACAGUAGUAGUACACCGUGUUCUAUUCCGGAUUACAAGCCGUCGGGCUCCGAUGAGGAUAAUUCAUUGGUAUUGAACCUUCCAGGAAUGAAUUCGCCUGAAAAAAUUGUAUUUGUAAUUGACACGGUAAGAGAGAGAAAUUGUACUCCUUUUAAAUUUUCAACAGGAGACAAUUUUAUGCCUCUGUUCAUGAUAAAACGGAUCAUAGAAAAUUUUAUUUGUGCAAAAUCCAUCAUCCAACGCAGUCACGAGUACGCAUUAAUGACAUUGAACUCUCACAGUGCUCAGUGGAUUUGUGAUUUCACCAAUAACAACAAUAGCAUUGUUAAUUAUUUGAAUUUGGUUAACGAGGAUAUCCUAGAAGAAGAUCAAACGUCGUACGAUCUAGGACAAAUGUUCGAUAAAAUACGCGAAAAAUUACCUUUACCAGCAAAGAAAGACGACACCAUUAUUCCAACAUUUGUCGUCAGAGUAAUCUUGAUGUAUUCACGUUCCAAUAGUAUACCAAAAUUCCAUACCGCAAAAUAUUCUCUGGAUAUUCUUACAAAGAGUCCGUACUUUUUCAUAGAUGCAUUGUACGUGCACGAGCCCCCUUCUUCUGAAAAUUUAUGCGAAGAAAUUUAUGCAGAGAUAGCAACGUUGAAUACGGCAAAUUUGUCAUACAUACUGGAAGUAGGAAGAAACGCAAUAAAACUGCACGAUAACAUGGCUAAGUUACUAGCACAUCCUCUCCAAAGGCCACCUCAAAAAGACGUAUGCUACGCUAUUUGUCCGAUAUUUGGUUUUAUAGAAACCAAUAAUAGCGUUUAAUCGCGUGUAACCUUUGCGCUUUGUAAAUUGCAAAAAUUAAUUAACAUAAGAGCAACGCAGGCAAUAUUUGUAUUUGUACAGUGUGGUGGCGGUCGCGCCAAACGAACAUCGAAAGAUUUUGGCGUCGUUUUUAAAACAAACGACAAUACGUCGGAAAGUUAUCAGCGUGUCUCGAUACCCUAUAACGAAGCUAAUUGCAGCAGAGGUUGGCGAAAUGUGGGGAAUUCAAUAGCCAUUGGAGGACACCUUGCUCUAACACGGGGAAGCCUCUAAUAACAAUUCAAACAUGUGUAACAGACUCGCAUGUUUAUACCGAAAUUUAUAUACACAGAGUAGAGUUGAACAUGAAAAUACUUUUCUCUACAGGUAAAUACAAUUAAAGUUGUCUCCUUACCUGUCAUCGUAUACACAAAAGAGAUCGCAGUACGUCGAGAUAUACAUAUGUACAUAAUAUCUAUGCAAAAAAUUGAUUUCGGUAAUCAAUUUGUAAAAAGCAAAAUUCAUCUAAUUCAACAAUGCGCGUAAAAUUUUGCGUAAAAUUGUACAAUUGUGUAGAAAAUAAUGUAACGAUAUAUCAACGAACUAUUCUUUCGGUUCGUGUAUCAUCGAUUUGUAGGA